AUGAACUACAAUUAUUCAGUUCGCAACAUAAAUAUUGACCGAGUGCAGCAAGUUAAGGACCUCGGCAUCAUCUUGACGCCCUCAUUGAACUAUCAGGCUCAUGUAUUGGAUUUAUGCUGUAGAGCAAACAGAACGCCCGGUUUCAUCUUCCGUUUCUCAAAGCAGCUCAGCGGUUCAGAAGCUCUAAAGUCCCUUUACUGUGCCUUGGUGAGGCAAACUCUCGAAUAUGGUUCACCAAUAUGGAGUCCUCAUCAAAAGUUAUUAAUAAAUGAGCUGGAGAAAAUUCAACGAAGAUUUGUUCGAAUGGUGGGCUUCAAGAUGGGAUUCCCAUACCUUCAGGUGCCCAUUGAAACUAUAUCCCUGGCACUUGGUCUUCAGUCGCUGGAGGAACGUAGACUCAUUGCUGACACGGUCCUGCUGCACAAGAUUAUCAACGGAAGAGUCGACUGUCCUGACAUGCUCCGCCAAAUCCAUUUCAAGACUCCUUCCAACACAAGGUCGACUGAUCUGUUUAUCAAGCAACAGCACCGCACUAGCUACUCAGCAAACAGCACGAUGGUUCGAGUCCAGGGAGCUGGCAACAAAGUGACAAGGCAUGUCGACUUUUUUCAAGACAGCGUAAAUAUACUGAAAAAGAAGAUCAUCAGUCUCAGUCAGUCCUAA